UGUGUGUGCAUAGAGUUAAUUGCUCCUGAAACCUGAAAGAAGCAACAAUGGAGAAACAAAUAGCAAUCAUUGGAGCAGGUAUCAGUGGACUUGCUGCCUGUAAAUACACUCUCUCAAAGGGUUUCAAGCCCAUAGUUUUCGAAGCAAGAAGCAGCAUCGGAGGAGUAUGGGCUAAAACUAUUAAGACUUGUUGUCUCCAAACUCCAAAACAAGAGUAUCAGUUUUCAGAUUUUCCAUGGCCAGAUUCAGUAACAGACGAUUUCCCUACCCAACAACAAGUCAUGGAUUAUCUUCACUCAUACGCAAAGCAUUUUGAUUUGCUGAAGCACAUCAAGUUCAACACUAGAGUUAUCGGCAUCGAUUAUGAAGGUCCUUUAGAUGAAGAAAUGGAGUCCUGGAGCUUGUGGGGUGGCAAUGGUGAGGCCUUCAGUUCUAGGGGCAAAUGGAAUAUCGAAGUACAGGAUAACCAAACCCUUUCCACUGAGGUAUACAAAGUGGAUUUUGUGAUCCUUUGCAUAGGGCGGGCCAGUGAUGUUCCAAAUAUCCCAGAAUUUCCUCCUGGAAAAGGCCCUGAAGCAUUUCAUGGUAAAGUGGUACAUUCGAUGGAGUUUUAUGACAUGGAUCAUGACAUUGCUCAUAACUUCAUAAAAGGAAAGAGAGUAACAGUUGUGGGUUUCCAAAAAUCUGCAUUGGACAUUGCAACAGAAUGCUCUAUAGCCAACGGGAUUGAACAUCCAUGUAGAGUUUUGUACAAGACCGAGCACUGGCAUAUUUCUGACGAAUUUCCAUGGGGAGUUCCUAUAACAUAUCUGUACCUUAAUCGCUUCUCCGAACUUCUGGUUCAUAAGCCUGGUGAAAGUUUACUUCUGAGUCUCUUGGCAACAGUACUUACUCCUUUGAGAUGGGCAUGUGCUAAAUUUGUUGAAAGUCAUAUCAAGCAUAAGCAUCAUUUGGCGAAAUAUGGAAUGGUACCAAAGCAUGGUUUUCUUGAACAAAUCAAUUCCUGUUUGCUUACAACAUUGCCAGACAAAUUUUAUGAUAAAGUUGAAGAAGGAAGCAUCAUAUUGACAAAAGCUCCAAGCUUUAGCUUCUGUAAAGAAGGCAUUAUUGUUGAUGGUCAGACCCAACCUCUAGAAACUGAUAUAGUCAUAUUAGCUACAGGGUUUAGAGGUGAUAAAAAGCUCCAAAAUAUUUUUGUUUCCAAAGCCUUUCAAAAAUAUAUUGUUGGAUCUCCUAAUGCAGCGUUUCCCCUCUACAGGGAAUGUAUUAACCCUCGAAUCCCACAACUAGCAGUACUUGGAUAUUCAACAAGUCUUUCAAACAUGUUCACUUCAGAGAUAAGAAGCCGAUGGCUAGCAGAGCUUCUUGAUGGAAAAUUCAAGAUACCUAGCAUUAAAGAGGUUGAAAAAGAUGUGGCAAAUUGGGACAAAUUCAUGAAGAGAUAUGCAGGACCGUAUUACCAGAAAGCAUGCAUUGGCGGCAUUCAUAUUUGGUACAAUGAUCAACUUUGCAAAGACAUGGGGUGGAACCCUAAGAGAAAGAAAGGAUUCCUUGCUGAACUAUUUGAGCCUUAUGGACCUUUGGAUUAUGCUUCACUUUAAAGAUAGCUUGUCCAGAUAUGUGUACCUAUAUUAGGUUCAUAUGGAUCAAUACUCGAGUGAAGUGAGUUUCACCAUGCUACAAGUAUGGCCUAUGAUCAUACGUAGAAAGUGUCUGUUGUUUGGGUCUGCUACUAUAUGUGUGUGUUUUCAUGUUGCAAGUUCAGGUUUAUGGAGUCUGUUUGUUGGGUUCUUUUCUUCUUUUACUAAUAAGAAGUUUAAUAUACACAUAUGAAGAAUAAUCCAAUUUAAAUUACAAGGUAGCUUGACUGCCUCUUUCUUAUACUUA